AUUUAUUCAUGCGUUUCGAUUAAAUAUGCGCAGGUUAUAAAUUCCAAUGAACAAUAACAUUCUCAUUAGUAAGUUUUCUUCGCUAAAGUAACCGACAAGUUGUUAAAAGUUGUUGAAAAUGGAAAUGUCAGGCAGUUAUGAUUUGUUAAACGGAACUUAUCUACCUAUUGAAGAGGAUGAAAGUUCCGAGGAUGUAUGUGAAGCUGAAAAGCAGGAAAACAACUCUGGAAGAAGGUGGAAACAUGUAUUUCAACGCAAAAACAAUUUAAAGAAAUCUUUAUCACAUGAUAAUGUGUCUGAAGCGUCAAAACCAGGUUAUUGGGAUGUGUCACUCAAUAAAUUCGCAAGAGUUUUGCAUUUAAAACCACAAUCUGAUGGUAUUACCAACAUGCAGUUGAAAGAGAAGGUUCAGAGUGAUAAAAAAGUUAAAUUUGCUAUGUUGAAACAAUUGAAAUCUUUCAUACACAUGAAAUCAAACGAAAUUGAGAUUAAAAUUCUCAUUAUGGGUGAUAAAUCAGUUGGAAAGUCAGCAAUCAUUCAACGAUUUGUUCAUGGAACCUUUGAUUUUGAAGGAAUAGCGGAUUGUACAGGUUAUGAGACAAAACUGAUGAAGUUUCAGAAUAAUAAACAGUUUUGCCUGCAUUUGUUUGAAAUAUCAGGUGAUAUUAGUGAUGCGAUUGUUUCACCAACAUGUGUUUCUGAUUCAAUUGGUGCCAUUAUUGUUUUUGAUAUAAAUGAUGAUAAAAGUUUCGAAUCUAUUAAAAACUUGAAGAAGUGUGUUGAUUCCAAAGCAAAACUUGCGAAAAGAGGACAAAUUCCUUGUUUACUCAUAGCUAGCAAGUGUGAUUCGCCGGAUAUUACGUUUGAUAUGUGUGAAUUGGACGAUUUUUGUUCGAAACAAGGCAUUCAGGCAUGGUUUGACACUUCAGCUAAGAAUGAUUUCAAUAUUAAGAACGCUUUUGUGUUCUUAAUGCAAUGUAUUCUCAGUGAGCAAGGAGGAUUUAGUUCUCUGGGUUUGAUGAUGGACAAAAAGAAGUGUCUGAGUAAUGUUAAGAUUAGUUUUCGUCGGAGGAAUCAUUUAUAUGAUGAGGAAAGCACAACAAUGCUUUAAUAAAAUAAUUAUUAUGAUUUUUAGGUUAACUUAGGUAAGGCACAUAACCUUAUUUUAAGGAAAUUUUGUUUUUUGUUUCUUUAAUAAUCCAAGAAAUGAAAAUGAUAGGUUUUAGUAUAACUUAUGAAUAGGUUUUACUUAAUAUAAUUUAUGAGGAGAAUAAAUCAAUGUUGUUGUUGCAAACACAUUUAUUUGCUGAAUUUGAAGCAGGUAAUAAAUAAUAGGUAGAUAUACUUGUUUUGUUUACUUUUCUAUAAUUUUACGAUCGGAGUAGUUGUUUGUUUCUUUCUUGGCGAUUUUCUGUUGUAAUUUUUAAGUAGGAAGUGAAAAAUGUCACAAAUCACGGUUAAUUACCACGAAAACUGCUAUAUAUACCAAAAUACAGCAGGGAAACAGACAUCAGUUCCUGAAUACUUCGAACAACGUUCAAAAAAUACUGAAACAUGUCUCCAUUUGUUGUGAUCGCCGCCAUCUUGGCUCUUAGUGGAGCUAUUUUGACUAAUGCACAAAAAGUCCCUGGAAUUGAUGAUGCCAUGGAGAAGCAAAUCUGUGGAGUUGCCAAUCAAGUCACUGAUGUUUUCGAAUUUGCAAUGAAUCAAAUAUUGAAUGAUAACCUCUUCAAGGGAAUGUUUGAUGAAGAUUUCAAACCAGAUUUGGCACUUGUUACCUCAGAGAAAUUCUAUUUGUUCAUCAAGAACUUGAUGUAUGAUGUCUACCGCCAGAUGAGAGCUACUGUCAACCCACAAAUUGGCACAACAGUUUUCGAUGAGAAUAUGAGUGAAUUCCUUCGUGGCGCUGAAGAAUCCCUUGAAACAAUUAUUGGGGCACUCGAUUAACUGAAUGUUGAUGAAUAAUGAAGAUUUAAUAACGACGUAUUGGUUUAAUUUCGCACUUACUUAUAAUAUGUAAAUAAAUAUCUAGUUCAAGCAUUAAUAAAGCAUUGUUUUUACAAAGAA